CUCGCGAUACCGGGGGCGCGGCCGUGCCCGGGGCGGGCCGGGAGCGCCCGGCGGUACCGGCGGCCUUCGGGGGCGGCUCCUCCCGCCCCCAGCGACUGCCCCCAGCGACUGCCCCGCGGGCCGGGCCCGGCCGGGCGCAGCGAGCGGCUCUGGGGGCGCGCAGGGGGAGCGGCGUCCCGCCCUGCGCGCCGGCCCCUCGGCGCCGGCCUCCUCUCGGCCGCCGCGCUGCCCCGGGGCCCGCCCCGGGGAGGGGCUUUCCGCGGCGCCCCGGCCGCGCUGCGCUGCCGCACGUCCGCGGAGUGCCCGCUGCUCUUCCUCGCCGUGGCUGCGGCCUCGCCGGAGCCGGAGCCCCGCGGCAGGCCGGAGUGCAAGUUGGAAUGCCUACUGCUUCAAGUCUACAUGCAGAUUUGCACCUUUACUUUUGAAGUUCAUAUGAGAGGAUGAGGAUGGGAAAACAAAUAGGAUGCCCUGAGUACCUCAUAUAAAGUAACACACUGGACACACAGGAAGAAUCCAAAUACAACUGAAGACCAUGGCAACACACUGGAGAAGAAUCCUGACAGUAUUUGUGACAGCUCAAGUACUAUGGGUGGUAAAUGCCUUUGAGGAGGAGGACGUACCGGAGGAAUGGAUUCUUCUUCAUGUUGUCCAAGGUCAGAUUGGAGCAGGAAACUACAGCUAUUUGAGACUAAAUCACGAGGGAAAGAUCGUUCUUCAGAUGCGGAGUUUGAAAGGUGACGCAGACUUGUACGUGUCCGAUGUGACGCUGCACCCCAGCUUUGACGACUACGAGCUGCAGUCUGUGACCUGUGGCCAGGACAUCGUCCACGUGCCUGCACACUUCCGCCGCCCCGUGGGAAUAGGGAUCUACGGCCAUCCCUCCCACCUGGAGAGCGAGUUUGAAAUGAAGGUGUACUACGAUCGAACAGUUGUACAGUACCCGUUUGGCGAGGCUUCCUAUAACCCUGAGGAGAUGGAGGCAAACCAGAAAUAUUCACAGUCUACAGAAGAUGAAUCUCAGGAUGAGGAGUCUGUUUUCUGGACUAUACUUAUUGGAAUCUUGAAAUUAAUACUUGAAAUCCUUUUUUAAAUUGAUACGUACUGGACUUAAGUCACACUUCAUCCUGUGAAAUUGGUACGAAUGACUUGCUGUAAUAUUUAAUACUCACUAUGUUUCCUGAAGAGAUAUUCAGAUUACAUUUCCUAAACCAGAAAGGAAAUGGGGAGAAAAAGCCAUAUUUAAUUUUAUAUUGUAAAUCCUCCCCAACAUGUAAAAUGAGCAGCCAGCACAGUAUUUGCAGUGCUCUGCAGAGAUCAGGGCUUAAAAAUGAAUGUAUAGUUGGGAUCUUGUUAAAUUCACUUAAAAUAGGUGCUUAGGAAAAUCAAUUCCAAUUCAGUAUUUUCUACUGUUUUUUAUAAAGAAAAAUGAAUAAACUACUAAACUUCAGUCCCCCUCUCAAUUUAGAGCAUAUUUAAAAAUAAAACCUGCUUCUUUUCUGAGCAAGCAUCUCCAGUAAAACUGAUCAGCAACGUGUUUGAGUGUAUUCAUGAAGUUGAGGAGCUUAGGGUGAAGGGAGGAGAAAACAAUCACCGAAGGGAAUAGACGGUGUGUAUUUUGACUGUGUGCUCUCCAUCACAUCAGCCAUCUGUCAAACAGAGGUUGUCCAGUCACUCAUCACCACUACAGAUCCAUGACCUGAAUCAAGUGCAUGUGGCUUCUUUGCUGCUACUGCAGGGAGGGGGAGCCUUCAGCUGUUGUUAUUUGUCAGCAUGACAUUUUCAUCUCUCAUUAAAAACAUCACAGCACAUAGGUAUCUCAAACUUGAGAGCUGCUUUCUUACACUUCCCGUGAUAGCAUUUUGUGAUUGAUUUUUUUUUUGAAGGACAUACUUAUGACUAAGUCAUCAGCUUGCAAGGAAAUUUUCUGCUGAAAGGGAGUUGCAGUAUAUUGUAAGGUCAUCUCAUGCCCACUCUUCCUUAGAAGUUACUUGUACCAGGAAUACUUUUUGCUUUGGUUGAGUCUUUUAGAAUAACCAGUUGCUAUGCAAAUAAAGUACAUUUAAAUUGCUCUGUAAUUUUCUUUUCAGAGCUUACUGAUGAAUGCACUCAAAUAAACAAGUAUGUUACUAUAAUUCUAUAUAAAUGACUGUAUCAUUUAAAUUU